AUGGUUGUGGUGGCGAUGGAGUUUGUGUUUGCGACAUCCGUUGCCACGGCUGAGACAUCCGUUGCCGCGGCUGAGACAUCCGUUGCCGCGGCUGCGACAUCCGUUGCCGCGGCUGAGACGUCCGUUGCCGCGGCUGAGACGUCCGUUGCCGCGGCUGAGACGUCCGUUGCCACGGCUGAGACGUCCGUUGCCGCGGCUGAGACGUCCGUUGCCGCGGCUGAGACAUCCGUUGCCACGGCUGAGACGUCCGUUGCCGCGGCUGAGACAUCCGUUGCCGCGGCUGAGACGUCCGUUGCCGCGGCUGAGACGUCCGUUGCCACGGCUGAGACGUCCGUUGCCACGGCUGAGACGUCCGUUGCCACGUGUGAGACAUCCGUUGCCACGGCUGAGACGUCCGUUGCCGCGGCUGAGACGUCCGUUGCCACGGCUGAGACGUCCGUUGCCGCGGUUGAGACGUCCGUUGCCGCGGCUGAGACAUCCGUUGCCGCGGCUGAGACAUCCGUUGCCGCGGCUGAGACGUCCGUUGCCACGGCUGAGACGUCCGUUGCCACGUGUGAGACAUCCGUUGCCACGGCUGAGACGUCCGUUGCCGCGGCUGAGACGUCCGUUGCCACGGCUGAGACGUCCGUUGCCACGGCUGAGACAUCCGUUGCCGCGGCUGAGACAUCCGUUGCCGCGGCUGAGACAUCCGUUGCCACGGCUGAGACAUCCGUUGCCACGGCUGAGACAUCCGUUGCCGCGGCUGAGACAUCCACAUCCGUUGCCGCGGCUGAGACAUCCGUUGCCACGGCUGAGACAUCCGUUGCCGCGGCUGCGACAUCCGUUGCCGCGGCUGAGACGUCCGUUGCCACGGCUGAGACAUCCGUUGCUGCGGCUGAGACGUCCGUUGCCGCGGCUGAGACGUCCGUUGCCACGGCUGAGACGUCCGUUGCCGCGGCUGAGACGUCCGUUGCCGCGGCUGAGACAUCCGUUGCCACGGCUGAGACGUCCGUUGCCGCGGCUGAGACAUCCGUUGCCGCGGCUGAGACGUCCGUUGCCGCGGCUGAGACGUCCGUUGCCACGGCUGAGACGUCCGUUGCCACGGCUGAGACGUCCGUUGCCACGUGUGAGACCUCCGUUGCCACGGCUGAGACGUCCGUUGCCGCGGCUGAGACGUCCGUUGCCACGGCUGAGACGUCCGUUGCCGCGGUUGAGACGUCCGUUGCCGCGGCUGAGACAUCCGUUGCCGCGGCUGAGACAUCCGUUGCCGCGGCUGAGACGUCCGUUGCCACGGCUGAGACGUCCGUUGCCACGUGUGAGACAUCCGUUGCCACGGCUGAGACGUCCGUUGCCGCGGCUGAGACGUCCGUUGCCACGGCUGAGACGUCCGUUGCCACGGCUGAGACAUCCGUUGCCGCGGCUGAGACAUCCGUUGCCGCGGCUGAGACAUCCGUUGCCACGGCUGAGACAUCCGUUGCCACGGCUGAGACAUCCGUUGCCGCGGCUGAGACAUCCGUUGCCACUGGCUGA